AUGUCUUCUCCGCAACCUUUUAUGCAAUCGUCCCCUCUGCAAGGCUCACCGUCGCGUCGCAAGAAGAGCCAAUUUACGUAUAGGCACCUCGCACAGUUGGCUCUUUCUGCAACGUCAUGCCCUCUGAGGGUGAUUACGCAUCUCGACCUUGACGCAUUUUAUGCGCAGGUUGAGAUGGUAAGAUUAGGAACUGAGGAGGACAAACCAUUAGCUGUACAACAAUGGCAAGGUCUCAUAGCUAUCAAUUAUCCAGCCAGGGCAUUUGGUCUCAACCGUCAUAUAACUAUUACAGAAGCGAAGAAGCUUUGUCCAGAUCUCAUAUGUCAACAUGUUGCGACUUGGCGCGAAGGCGAUGAAAAAUGGGCCUAUCACGACGAUGCCUUUAAGAAUAUUGCUACACACAAGGUCUCUCUCGAUCCUUACAGACUCGAAUCAAAACGGAUAUUGGCUUGUAUAAAAGAUUGUCUACCCAAAGAUUUGCAGAGAGUAGAAAAAGCUAGUGUAGAUGAAGUUUUCAUGGAUCUAUCUGCCCAAGUCCAUGCGACGCUUUUGGAGAGAUAUCCUGAGUUGAGAGGUCCUGCUCCCUAUGAUGAUUUGACGGAACAACUGCCGCUACCCCCCACGACUUUUCUCGACUGGAAAGCGGAUGCACUCGUGGAUCUAGAUAAGGAUGAGGCGGAAACUGAUGACCCAGAUUGGGAUGAUAUAGCAAUGCUGAUUGGUUCUGAAAUCGUACGCACAGUUCGGGCCGCAAUACGUGAGAAACUCAAAUAUACUUGUUCGGCCGGCAUUGCCCAAAACAAAAUGCUUUCUAAAUUGGGUUCCGCGCAUAAAAAGCCAAAUCAACAAACUGUUAUCCGAAAUCGGGCAAUUCAGCAAUUUUUAUCAGGCUUCAAGUUUACCAAGAUUAGAAAUUUGGGAGGCAAGACAGGUGAGGAAGUGGUCAAGCUAUUUAAUACAGAUAUGGUCAAUGAUCUGUUGCUUGUUCCCAUGGAGCAAUUAAAACAAAAAUUAGGAGACGAAACCGGGACGUGGAUCUACAACGUCAUUCGUGGAAUUGAUGUCAGUGAUGUCAAUUUACGAACUCAGAUAAAGUCAAUGUUAUCUGCAAAAUCGUUUCGACCUAGUAUCAACACUCCCGAGCAGGCUAACAGAUGGCUCCGCAUUUUUGCGGCGGAUAUACAAUCCCGAUUAGUGGAGGAGGGGCCCAAGACGAUCAAUUUGCACCACAGACAUGGAGCCCAAAGCAAAUCUCGACAAGCGCCCAUUCCGCAAGGAAAGCAGAUGGAUGAGGUACUCCUUUUUGAACUUGCCAAGACACUCCUGAAUCAAAUCAUGCUUGAUGGGAGGGUAUGGCCUUGUUCUAAUUUGAGUUUAAGUGUAGGCAGUUUUGAGGAUGGAGUGCCCACUGGUAACAUGGGUAUCGGGGCGUUUUUGGUCAAAGGCGAUGAAGCCAGGACUCUAAAUAAUCCAGCUCCGCGAGAGCCGAACGUAUCUGCAGAGAGACCCGAAAAGAGACGUCGUAUACUUGAUGCAGGAAUCCAGAAAUUCUUCGUCAAGACAGAUAGCGUCGAAGAGCACGAUGAUGAUUUCGGCGGUGAGCAGAAUUUAGCCGGGCCAGGUAUCGCAUAUGAGGAAAAGGGGCAUUCGCUUCCCAAAGUGGAUUUCAAGGCUGCACGUUUACCGCAAGAGAAUGAGGCGGCCAGAAGGCCAGAAACAUCAGCCAAUCCCUUUGCCCCAAAACAAACACAAAUUACAGAAUUUCUAUGCACCCGUUGCAAUCAGGCGCUAGACUCUGCGGAGGCAUUUCAGAGUCAUCAGGAUUGGCAUUUCGCUAAGGAUCUUCAUGAUGAGGAUCGUUUAAGGCGUACAUCGCCAGCUCCUACUCCUUCCUCCGCCAACAAAAGGGGUGUGGCAUCGAAGAAACGAGGCAAUGGACGUGGUAGCCGACCAGAAAAGGGUCAAAGCAAGUUGACAUUUGGAAAAUGA